UAGAGGGAAUUUGACAAGGUUUUAUCGUAGUCUUGUUUAGACCACAAAUUAUUUGUUUGACUAGGGCAAGUUUAGGGAUAAUGUCGAAUAUUCCGUUUACACGCAAUGCGUUUUCUCCCUGAGUACCACUACUAGCUACGAACGGUCAAAAAAUGCCAACCGUUCUCGACUGGAAUAAGGUUUCAGGGAUUGACCCAGGAAUCCUCCUUGAAUGUAAAAAUAACAAAGUGGACGAGGUCGUCGGCAUGCUUAUUUCGACAGAAGAAUGGGAGGUGAAGGAUAAAGCUCCAGAGGACAUUAUUCACAUCCUCAGGGUGUGUCAGGCCCUCUUGAAGAGGAAAGAUCGGGAAGUUGCUCUCAGUGAUAGUUUCAUAAAUGAGAUCGGCAUGCAACAUGCCAAAACUGAGAAGGAAUUCCUCGCAAAGAUAUCCAGGCUGGAACAAGAUCUAAAGCUCGGCACUGGGCCAGAUGCUCGCUUUCUUAGAGAGGAGAUUCGGCUGCUCGAGGCCCAGCUGGAGGAACGAGAGAAGGACUUGACCCAGUUAAACAAAGGCAUGGGAAAGGAAAAGAAAACCAAUCAAGAGUUGACGAAGAGAUUAGAGGAAGCUGAAGACGAGGUGAAGAAGCUGAAGAGAGAGUUGAAAAAACAUAAGAAAAAGAACGAGCAACUGCAGCAGGAUGUGGAUUUCUAUCGUAGAGAGCUGGACCAGAGAGUUCUGCUACCAUCCAGAGAUGAGGCCGAUGAGACUCAGAGGAAGCUCAACUUGGCCAACCGCCAGCUUUACCAAUGCUUGGAGGACCUUCAGCGAACAGAGGAUGAAAAUGCACACCUGAAAACACAGAAUGAGCAGAUGCAAAAAAGCCUAGAGGAAUCCGUGAAGGAGAUGGAGAAGAUGACUGAUGAGUACAACAAGAUGAAGAUCGACGUAGAGCAGACCGACUCCAUUAUGGACCAACUACGUCAAGAGAGGGAUCAUGCUAAGCUUCAAGUAAGAGAGCUAGCAGACAAGAUUCAAAGCAUGACCCAAGAAAAUGACCCAAUUAUGGCUGCAGUCAACGCUAAAGUGGAGGAGUGGAAGAGAGUGCUCUCAGGGAAGGAUGAGGAGAUUUUGGUUUACCAUCAAAUGAUUCAAGACCUGCGAGAAAAACUACGAUCAGCUCAGCUGGACUUGGACAAAAGCAACGUCAUGGCUCUGCAACAGGUCAUUUAUGAGCUCUGUGCUGCCGUCCAAGAGCGUGAUAAUCAAAUCAAGAUGCUGAGCGAGCAGGUGGAGCAGUAUACAGGAGAGAUGGAGAAGCAUGCCCAGCUCAUCCAGCAGCUGAAGACGUCCACAAGCAAAGGUUCUUCAAGCACACAGCAGAGAAAGAUGGAGGAGCUGAAGUCCUUGCUGAGAGCUGCAGAGUCCAGAGCAGCGGAGGCAGAGCAGGCGCUCAAACUGGCAGAAGCUCACGCUGAGGAGAAAGACAGAGCUCUUAUUGAAGCUUCCAACCGUUUGACUCAAUAUGAGUCUGGCACUUACGGCCUGGAAGCAGCCAUUGCAGAGAUCAAAGAGUGUAAUAAUCAAAUUAGACUGAGAGACUGUGAGGCUGAGGCCAUGACCAAAGAAAUCAACCAGCUUGGGCUGAGAAUCAAUGAUCUCAUGGAUGAAAACGAGGGUCUCAGAGAGAAACUGGGUCUGGACCCAAGGGAAGAAGUGAAUCUGACUGAAUUCAAACGUGCCAGGGAUCUCAGGCAACGGCAAUACAAAGCAGAAAAUCAAAUACUCACCAAAGAGAUUGAGCGACUGGAAGAAGAGCGGCUGGAGCUAAAGAAACAAAUAAGGCGCAUUGUGAAAGAAAGAGCGGUGUCUGGAGUAAUCCCCCCGUCAAGUCUGGAGCUGGAUGAGGGCACUGCGUUCAGCAGCGAAGCACAAACUGCAAUAAAACACAGCAACAUUUACAAGGAUGAAGAUAUUCGACGCAAGAAUAAGUUCUUGGAGAAAGAACUGAGCAGUAAAGAGAUAGAGCUGGAGCUGAACAAGACUGAAUUUCAAGUCAAAUUGAAUGAAUUGUCAAAGGUCAAGGGAGAUCUGGAGGCAGCGUUGAAAGAUGCUCUUUCAGCAAUGAGAAACAGUCAGCAGGCCACUCCGUGGGCUGAAGCCACGUCUAUUGCUCAUUUAAAAAAGCUGACUGAAACUGUAGAUGUCAGCGGUGAAACAGGGCGGUCGGAUUCAGACCUCAAGUCCCAAAUACAUGAACUGAUUGGAAGAAAUGAAGAACUGAGGCAGGAACUGAAGGCGGCUCGGGAGGAGGCAACCAACAGCUACAGUCGGCUCGUGAGAGCCGAAGAAAAGGUGAGCCAGCUGAAAGGUGAACUGGAGCAGCACAGGAAGUCAGGCAGCAGUGGAGUUGUCCCUCGACCUCUGACCCUUCCUGAGGGCCUGAGUCCCAGCAGCACUGAGGUCAUCAGCUCCCUAAAUGAAUACGCCGUUCGAUUGCUUCAGGAGCUCGGGAACAAGGAAGAAUUGAACAAGAAACUCACUGGAACGUUGGAGGAGUACAAAGAAAAGUUUGCUGUAGUGAGCCAUCAGCAGGGACUUCUCUAUAAGGAGCAUCUAAGCGAGAAGGCAGAGUGGCAAAAAGCGAAAGAAACACUCACAGAAAUGAAGACCAAGCUGGAGGAACAAAAGCAGGUGGACAGCAUUAAAAUCCAGCAAUUUAAUGAUCUGCUAAACACUCUUGAGAAAGAACCAGAGGACAUCCGGAGGCAGCUGAGCGAAGCUUUUCGUAAGGUGACCGUGCUGACGGUGAAUGAGAUGAAGCUGACUCGCCGCUACACCACCCUGCUGGAACAAGAACAGCACCUCCGCAAGGAGAACAGCAAACUGAAGGAGGAGAGCAGCCACAUGCGGGUGUCCGUCAUUCAGAGGAUCGGCCACCUGCAGCGAUACAAGGAAACUGCUGCAUAUGAGAUAGCAGCUCUGCAGAAGGCCUUGGACGAUAGCGUGCCCCUGUCAGAACUGGAGAGGGCGAACAGACAGUACACAGAGCUAACCAUCAAAUACAGAGACGUACUGCAGAGGGACAGCUGCCUCAUACAAAGAUCUACCAACCUACAGCAUUUGCAGAGUGAAAAUGAUUCCCUGCAAGAACAAAUCAGUGCCAUGAUUAAAGAACUGGAGAUCACAAAGGAGAAACUCAAUACCCUGGAGCAAGCAUGGGAGAAAGUCAACACAGUUGGUGCAGAAACAGGCCUAGAUAAAGAAGGCAAGGCAACAAUCAACAAUGAAAUGGUCUCUGCUGCGAGAAGGAUCACCACUUUAGAGAUGAAGGAGCUGAAUGAGAGGCAGAGAGCCGAGCAUGCCCACAAAAUGUACGAGCAUGUGAGGAACUCCCUGAAGCACGUGGAGGAGCGCAACUUGGAGCUGGAGUCCAAAUUUGCCAAGUUGACCAAGAUGAAUGCUGAGGCCCAAAAGACUGAGCGAGAGCUAAGAGAUGAGUUGGCGCAAAGCAUCGGCAAAGCUGUGAGCGAUGCUGACAGGGCCAGGAUCGCAGAGCUGGAAAAGGCUGAGGUGGAGCUCCGGACUGAAGUUUCAAAGCUUCAGGAGGUGUCAGAAGUUGCUUUGACUCAGGUUGCUGCUUUACAGGCCAGACACAGGUCUAAAGAUAAAGAAGUAGAAGCUUUGAAGACACAAAUACUAGAUUAUCAGUCACAGUCAGAUGAGAAGGCUCUGAUCGCAAAGCUCCACCAGCACAUUGUUGCUCUGCAGCUCAGUGAGUCGGCAGCUCUGGAAAAACUGGAUUCCUCCACAACUCGCAUCCAUCAGCUGGAGGCCCACAUCCUAAGAGCUGAGCAGCGUCUGGACGCCGCCGAGCGCUCGCUUUUCCUCGCCCGCCAAGAGGCCAAGAAUCGCUCGAGGCAUCUGAGGCAGACCAUCCAGUCACUACGAAGGCAGUUUGCUGGAGCGCUGCCACUUCCUCAGCAGGAGAAGUUUUCUGUAGCCAUGCUGCGACUCCACGAGGACAGAGUGAAGGCCCAGGAGGAGAUGAAGAAAGCUGAGGAGGAGAAGCGGAGGGUCCAGGGAAGAGCCGAGGAACUGGAACUGAGACUGCAAGGCCUACAAGGGCUCAUGUCAACUCUGAAGGAUGCAAAAGGAGCACAGAAGGUAACUGAGUGGCACAAAAGGAUGGAGGAGGCUCGACUGCAGGAACUGAGAAAAGGAAGGGAGCUGGUAUUCCAGAAAGAGGAGAUCAGGUACCUGAAGAACCUUGUGGGAGAGCAGGACCAAACCAUCCGCUCACUGGAAGAGGAAAUUGUUCAGCUGCAAACACUUAACGAAGAGCAACAGCUUGCAAGAGACCAACGGGAAGUGGAGUUGGAGCGCCAACUGGAGGACUACGAGAAGCACCAGAGUGAGAUCGUCGGCAGUGUUGAGAAUGAAGAAGGUUCAAGUCUCUUUCCAGACCCAUCUUUAUCUCUGUCCCAUCAGCUGGAGUUUGCUCUGAAACAACUAAAAAAUGAUAAGCGGAUCAUCUCGGACACUCAGGCCACUUGCAAAAGAUUAAAUGAGAAGUUGAAGGAAAAGGUAGCAGCUCUGCGGACUGCAGAGCAGAACAUCUUAUCCAGGGAUAAAGUCAUCAAUGAGCUGCGUCUUGGGCUCCUAGCCACUGCCGACAGAGGCCGCCUGCCGGCAGACCUUACCAGAAAGGAAGAGGGUCAGUCAGAGACCCAGCCUGCUUUCAUAGUGGCCCAACAGACCAUCACAGACCUGCAGGGACGACUGGACAAGAAGGAAGACUUGCUCAGGAAGUACCAGCACCAGUUGGCUAAAGCCAGACAGGAUCAGGACGAAAUGAUAAAAAGACAUCAGGACGAGUUGAGGAUGUUGCAUCAGAAGUUGGACCUAAAUACAGACGCCUCCCUGGAUCGUUUCAAACAGACAGCCAUGGUGACUGACAUCCCAUUUUCCAAAUACAAGUCUGAAAUCAGAAAAGUCAGGGGACUGCUUCUCUUUGUCUUUGUUCAGGAGUUGAUGAAGAAGCCGACCAUCAGGCUGCCGACCUCUCAGCACCUGGAGCGGCUGGCUGAGUUGGAGCAGACUGUGACGGAACAGGAAAUUUCUCUGGGCUCCAUCACAGAGAAGCUGAAAAAGGCGUCUUCUGAGCUGGAGAAACAAAGAAUCACCAUGGAGACACAAGCUAGGAAACACAAGGAUGACACAGCAAAACUGGAGGAACAUUAUACUGCCCAGAUGAAAGCUCUGACUGAUCAGACUCAGGAUCAACAGAGCCAGAUGGCUCAGAUGGAGAAGGUGAUGAACAACCUCCGUACAGAGCUGGAAGCACAAAAGGAGGCCAACGCCCGUUCCCCCAGCAAUACCAUGAAAAACCUUGUGGAACGACUGAAGGCACAACUCACCCAGAAGGAGAAACAGCUCAAGGCUCUCAGCAAGGCUCUGCUGGAGCUGCGGGCAGAGAUGACGUUGGCUGCUGAGCAGCAAGUGAUAGCUAGUGCUGCGCAGAAAGAGGAGAGUCUCAAUGUUCAGAUGCUGAUUGACAGACACACCAAAGACCUGAAGGCACGGGUGCAGGAGCUCAGUGAAGAACUGCUCACUGCUAAGGAGUCUGUGAGAGCAGCCAGAGGCCGGGAACACAUCCUGAAAGAGGAAGUGGACAGGCUGAACCAAGACUACCAGAGAAGUCAGAAAAUCCAGAAGAGACUGCAGGCUGACAAGGACGAGCAAGAGCAGGAGACCCUGCAGCUGAAGCAGCAAGUGAAGAGGCUAACAAGUGCCUUGCAGAAUCGAGCAGAGCCAGAUGAGAGCGUGCAGGGCGUCGAGAAUCUACAGAACAAGAUCAGGAGGCUGGAGGCUGAGCUGCAGAAAAGUUCGGAACUUAAGGAGAAUCACGGAAAGAAUAAAGAAGAAAUUGUGCGGUGGGAGGAGAGCAAGAAAUGGCAGGCCAAAAUGGAGAAGGUGAAGACUUUGCUAAAAGAGAAAGAAAAAGAAAACGAGUACCUGUCAAAGCAGCUUAGCACUCUGAGGGACCUUUAUUCCAGACUGGAGCAAGAGAAGGCUGCGCUGCAAAAAAAGCUGAAAGCUCGAGGUGUGACUGCAGACCAGGUGGUGGGGGUGCGAUUUACUGAACUGGAGAAGGAGACGGAGGAGCUGAAGAAGAAGAACUCCGAGCUGGAGACAGAGCUGGCAUCUAUAAAACAGCACCAGGCUGUACCCCGUGAUGACGCCAUGGAGAGUCUUGUGCUGAGGAACAACAUCCUGCAGGACAGAGUCCACUCCUUAGAAAGCCAGAUAACCAAAGAGUCUCCAUCACGACCCUCCGGGAUGAUGACAUCCUCAGAGGCUUUAAGGCAAAUGUCUUCCAUCACGUUCGAUGUUGAGGAUGGCUCGAGUGAAGGGAAAGUUGCAACCCAGCUCUCUGAGGCCUGCAGUUGCUCUAGUAGCCCUGACACUGUUGUGGACACUCGUGACCAACAGAGGGCGCCAAGGCCAAACUUGGCAGAAGCUGGAACUCAAAUAAUCUUUGGAGGUGGAAAGGAUGACUGUGCUGAGCAGGACAAUUUUAGCCCUGAUGUGACAGGAAACUCAGCAGCUGACCAAACAGAACUGAGCACAAAGGCAGGUGAAGAUUGUGUGGAGAAAGCUGACAGGAAGGCAGGAGCAAAUACUUCAGAAAGUAGAGAAGGCAGUCCAGAUGGCUCUGAAGUUUCUGUGCCUCUAGAACAGCAAGAACCCCCAGCAACAACAAAAAGCAAGCCUGAGCCUGUGGAUCCAUCAGAGAGGCCGGCAUCAGCUGGGCCGUCGUCUGCACAAGAGGUUACCACAGGCCAAGGCAUGUGUCAGAAUGAGACUGACAAAGUUGUUCGUGAGCCACAUGGCAGCAAAACAGAGGACAAUGCUGAUGCUGGAAACAGGUCGAAGAUGCCCCUAAGUGAUGAGCAACAGACUGCUGCAGAGGAAGGGGAGGAAGACGGAGCACCGAGGCUGGCAGGGGAAAAGAAUCAGGAACAAUCCUACACAGCUGAGGCAGAUGUGGAGUGUGGCCUGGCACUCCACAAACCAAGAGAGGAUCCUUUCAGUAGACAAAAGGCUGAGCAAGCACCAAAGCAGACUUCAGGACGAGGUACAGGCACCCCGUCACAGAGAGACCACGACCUUUCAAAGGAAAACCUCCGACUGGCCUCUGAAAACCUGGAGCUGCGCUUUCAGGUGGAGCAGGCCAACAGGGACCUACCCAGACUCAAGGAUCAAGUGGCACAUCUGAAAGAAAUGUGCAGUGCACUGAAAAAGGACAAGAAUGAAACCGAGAAGAAGCCGGCUCACAUACGUGGAGCUGGCCAGAGUGGUAAAACUGUGCCUGAGCUGGAGAAGACCAUUGGAUUGAUGAAGAGGGUGGUGGAGCGGGUGGAGAAGGAAAAUGAGGCACUAAAGAAGUCCAGCGGCGCUGCAAUUCGAGACAGAGUAGCUGCUUUGGAGAAGGAGAACGAGAAGCUGAAGAUUGACUACGAUACUCUGAAGCGUCAAGGCGAAGCCGAGCUGAGUUCAAAACUUGAAUCAAAGGUCAAAGGUUUAGAGAAGAUAGUGAUGGAAAAUGAGCGGCUACGCAAGGAUAUAAAACAGGAAGUGGAAGCUGCAGAGAAGCUUCGUGUGGCAAAAACAAGUCUGGAGGUUACCAACGAAAGACUUGAGGCAGAGCUGGAGGAGACCAAGGAAAGUCUGCAAGCAGCUCUGUCCAAACCUUUGACUGAGACGGCAGGCUGCAAGACCUCAAAGACAUCUGUUGUAAUGAGAAUGUUUGAGAACAAGAUGAAGGAACUGGAGAAAGAGCUUUCCCAGAAGACUUCCAGCCUCUCUGAACUCAAACAGCAGCUGAAAGAAGUGAAGGAGCGCGAGGAAAAAGCUCACGCAAUCAUUCGACAACUUGAAGAUCAGGUUGACGUGUUCAUAAAGUUUCCUGAAACUAGUUCUGCAGACCCCCCCACCGACUCCCAGACCAUCAGACUGGAGGUGCAGAAAGGGGAGGCGAGCAGAAAGUUGAGCCAGGAGGUCAAAAGUGGAGGUGCACGGUCGUCUGGACCAGAUUCCAGGAAACUUCAAAACCUCCUGCGGGAAGCUGAAGCUGAGAAAACACGGCUUCGUUCAGAGGUCCAAAAGCUGAAGAAGGAGCUGCAGAACUUUGACCCAGCAUUUUUUGAAGAACUUGAGGACUUGAAGUUCAACUACAAUGUGGAGUUGAAGAAGAACUUUCUGCUGGAGGAGCAGCUGAAGAAGGUGUGUGAGAGGUUUGGGGUGAAGGUUGACGUGCCCAGUGUGUCUAUGACGUAACUCAGGGUUCCUACGCCUUUUGGUUCUAAAACUUGUUUACUGUUGAAUAAACGUUUGUGGUUUUUUUGUAAUGUGGAAUGAACUGUGAUUGGAUUUCCUCCCAUGUUGUUUACUGGUUUUUCUCAUGAUGUCAUUUUGUUACAUAUUUAUAGCACUUGUCAAUAAACUAAAUUGGUUUGAGCAUCUCCAGCUGUCA